AUGUCAAUUACUCAACAAUGGAACUCAUCAAACUCGGAUCUUCUCGGUGAAAUGAAGGCACGAUUGCGUGGUCCACGCUCGACAGGCGAGGAUUUCAGGGCAUCAAAAGGAAAGUCGCCACCGUCUCAGCCGCAUUCCGAUCUUGAAGUCGGCAUGCAUUCGGAAUCAGACACCGCGACGAAAGAGGCGGAAUCCGGGUCCUCUUCUAGAAAGAAGCACAUGGAUACAUCCCCGGUCAAUUCAGUCAAGAAUCAGCCAUCCAUCUCGGAAGUCAAGGACGGCGAUGAAAAAGGAUGCACUCAAACUGACUCUCAAGAUUCAGUCGAGCGCCCCACCGGUGGAGUCUCAAUUUUCGGAGGAAAAUCUGACAGGUUGAUGGGUGAAAUGAGGGCCCGAAUGAGAAAAACGCAGCCGAUCACCUUGGAUGAACUUCGUGAGGCUUCGCUGAGACCCAAACAGCAAUCGCCCCUUUCACAUGUCAUCAAAACGAACCAACCGCACGCAAUCAAAUCUAUUGAACGAAUGGGAGAAUCCGGUUCCGGCUCCGAAACUGUGGACACUUUCAUCACCAAUUUGACUGAGCGCCGGGCGAAGAAACCCCCAACUCGACUCCCUACAUUCCGCAACAGGCCGAGCGCUUCCACAACAAUGAAGCGCGAUGCUUCAAGUGAGGAUAAAUUGCUAGAGUUCUUCGGUCGUCACGACUUCGCGGAGUCUUCGGAUAGUUGUAACAAGGCCAACGCCACGGAAACCGACUCCACGGAUUUGAGAUAAUGUAUCUGACGAUGAUGAUGCAACAUCAAACCUUCUACCUUUCGUUCGGCUAACGACGAAAGAAUGACAGGGACAUCCGAUUACUUUCAACUUCAUGCGAUGGUAUUUUUGUUCAAGAUGACUUUGAUCGUUGUUACGAGAAGGCUGUGACUCUCGUUACCUUUGCUCUCACCAACGGCAACAAAACGAACUUUAAACUCUGACUCACAGCGGAUGCACAUUGCUGUUACUCAAAUUAAUGACUUUUGCCUUUUCCAAAGCUCGGUAUCUUACACGUAUAACACUUGAGAAUGCUGUGAAUUUUGCUCUACCAGAAUUUCCUUAUAUUUCUGUAUAUAUGAGAACACUUACUGUUUAUUUAUAUUUUAUAUAAAAUUGCCCAGAUAUCGC